AUACAAACGCGCAAAGUUUGAUGGCGCAUAAAGAUGAGAUACAACAUCAGAUUAUGAAGAAAAUAAAUCCGGCAUUCAUAGCGUUAUCAGAGACAAGAUUGACUGCUGAAAUUGAAGACAGUAAAGUGAACGUACCAGGUUAUAGUAUAAUUAGAUGCGAUGCUGAAAAUAGAAAUACAGGAGGGGUUGUUUUAUAUAUAAGGGAUGAUGUUAAAUAUGAAAUAGUAUUAGUAAAAAAAUUAGAAUCGAAUUGUUGGUGUGCUGCGAUUGAGGUGAAAGAAAAAUUGUAUAGAGGAAUAAUAAUGGUAAUAUAUCAUUCACCGAGUGCAUCGCAUGGUGAUUUCGUGAGAUUUCUGGAGGAUAUAAUAGAAGAGUUAAUAAUACGGGGAGAAUGUAUGAUAAUAGGAGACUUUAAUAUAGAUAUUAUGUUAGAUUCGUUUUAUACAAGGAAGUUACAAACGACAAUGUUGAGCUUAGGCAUGAAACAAUAUGUAAAUAAACCGACGAGAAUUACGAAAGAUAGUAAAACAAUUAUCAGUGUGAGAGCGAAGAAAUUUGUUGAUAGUAUAGUAAAUGCGUUGGACGCCACAGCACCUAGAAAAAAUUUUAAAAUUCCGAGAAUAUGGGAAGGGAAAAAGUGGUUUUCGGAUGAAAUAAGAGAAGCAGCGGCUAAAAGGGAUGAGGCAUAUAGGAAGGCAUUGUAUGCUGACACGGAACAAAAUUGGUUGCAAUUUAAAAUUGAAAGAAAUACAGUAGUUAAAUUAAUUAAGACAAAGAAGAAAGAAUAUUAUGAAAAUAUGAUAGAUAUUAAUAAAGAAAAUCCUACAUCUAUGUGGAAAACACAAAAAGAAAUAAUUAGAGGCGAACCAGGAGAUAAGAGGGAAAUAAAGAAUAUAGAUUUUGAAAUAUUAGACGGCACUGAAAGAUGCAGAUAA